CUUUCUCGUGUGUUUUUUUCCCUCUUUUAACAAAAACCCAAUUUCGAGGUUGUUGUUUUGACCCUAAUUCUUUCUUUUAUUUAUAGUUUUCCCCACUAUUGUCUCUCUUUUCUAAAUAGCUUCACUUGAAAGAGAAUGACUUUCAUAAUGAUGUUCCUUCUAUAACCCCAUCCCUCUUUAUCUCUGUGUUCUCAUUUACUCAUCGAGAGUGUCGUUUCAGUGGAAGAAGUACAUUGCCUUUUCAUCGGAAUUUAUUGGUCAACAGAAGUCGAAAGCCAAUGUCUUCCCUGGAAAGCGACUUGUAUGAAGAGGAAGAAAAUCCAAAUGCCUUUCUGACUGGCAUAAAAUUUCAUGUCUCCACAGAUGCUGAUAAUGAGAACAUGUCUAUCAUGGAAAUUGCUGCACCGGGUGAGGUGUCUGAUCCUAGGUUGGGGUUUCCGAAUUUUUCUAAUCACUGUGCUACUUGUGAUGCCACAAAUAUGAAACAAUGUGAAGGCCAUUUCGGGGUUAUUAAAUUUCCAUACACAAUACUCCAUCCUUUUUUUCUUUCAGAAGUUGUACAUAUAUUAAAUAAGAUUUGUCCAGGAUGUAAAUCGAUCCGGAAAGAUAUAUGGAUGAAGGGUGCUAAUACUGUAGCCAGAUUACUUGGAACCAUGGGGUGUAAAUAUUGUGUUGGGAAUUCAAUAGACUGGUAUCCACCCAUGAGAUUCAAGAUAACGUCAAAAGAGCUAUUCAGAAAAAGUGCAAUUAUGGUAGAGGUGAGUGAAAGUUCUUUAAUGAAGGUCCGAAAGAGAGGAAGGCAAGCAUUACCUGCAGAUUACUGGGAUUUUAUUCCAAAAGAUCAACAACAGGAAGAAGGUUUUCUGAGACCACUUAGAAGAGUCCUAUCACAUUCCCAGGUUCGACAGUUGUUGAUGGAUGUUGAUCCAGAGUUCAUUAACAAGUUUAUUUCAAAUGCGGACUCUAUUUUCCUCAGCUUUUUUCCUGUGACACCUAAUAGUCAUCGAGUGACAGAAAUAAUGCAUUCAUCUUCCAAUGCACAGCGACUGAUCUUUGAUGAAAGAACCAGGGUGUACAAGAAACUGGUUGAUUUUAGAGGGCUAGCAAAUGAAUUGGGCUCUCAUGUAUUGGAAUGCCUACAAAUUUCUAAGCUGCAUGUGGAGAAGCCAUCAAAUGAAGAUUCUUCGCUUAUUUCUUUUCUGAAAAAGAAUAAAGAUUCUAGUUCCAACAUGUCUGGUUUAAGAUAUAUGAAAGAUGUUAUUCUAGGCAAGAGAAAUGAUCAUUGUUUCCGCAUGGUUCUUACUGGAGACCCGAACCUUAAACUGUAUGAAAUUGGCAUCCCAUGUCAUGUUGCCGAGAAGUUGCAAAUUGCUGAGCAACUGAACAACUGGAAUGAGGAGAGACUAAAAACUUGUUGUAAUUUGCGUAUUCUUGAGAAAGGUGAGAUUCGCAUCAGGAGAGAUGGUAAAUUGGUUAGAAUUCGCCAUGAUGAAAAGGUCCAAGUGGGCGACACUAUCUAUAGGCCGCUAAACGAUGGGGAUACGGUGCUUAUAAACAGACCUCCUUCUAUACAUCAACACUCUCUCAUUGCUCUAUCUGUUAAAGUUUUACCUGUCAGUUCAGUUGUGUCAAUAAACCCUCUAAUUUGUUCCCCUUUUCGUGGAGAUUUUGAUGGUGAUUGCCUUCAUGGCUAUGUUCCUCAGUCUAUCAACACAAGGGUUGAGCUCAGCGAGCUUGUUUCUCUGAAUAGACAGCUAAUCAAUGGUCAAAGUGGUAAAAAUCUGCUCUCACUCAGUCACGAUAGUUUAACGGCUGCUUAUUUGGUCAAGGAGGAUGGGGUUAUAUUGAAUCUAUUCCAGUUGCAACAGCUUGAAAUGUUUUGUCCCAAACAUUCACCGUUACCUGCAAUUGUCAAAGCUCCUCAAUUGAGUAGUUCUGUUUGGACUGGAAAGCAGUUAUUCAGCAUGCUCUUUCCUCCAGAAUUUGAUUAUGUUUUUUCUCCAAGUGAUGUUGUUAUUCAUAAUGGAGAGCUUAUAUGUUCAUCUGAAGGGUCUACCUGGCUACGAGAUGCUGAUGGCAACCUCUUUGAAAGUCUUAUUAAAUACUAUCAAGGAGAGGUCCUUGGCUUUUUGUAUGCUGCCCAGGAAGUUCUUUGUGAGUGGUUGUCAAUGAGGGGUUUGAGUGUUUCGCUCUUAGACAUAUAUCUAUCUCCUGACUCAAAUUCACAAAAGAACAUGAUGGAUGAAAUCUUUUAUGGUCUGCAAGAGGCAGAGCAGACUUGCAACUUUAAGCAGUUGAUGGUUGAUUCUUAUCAUGAUCUCCUUGCUGGAAAUGAUGAAGAAAUUAAUAGUUUUAUGGCUAUGGAUGUUGAGCGGAUGUGUUAUGAGAAGCAAAGAUCGGCUGCACUUAGCCAAGUUUCUGUUGAUUCUUUUAAGCAAGUUUUUCGUGAUAUUCAGAAUUUGCUCUACAAGUAUGCAAAUAAAGACAAUUCGCUAUUCACCAUGUUCAAAGCAGGGAGCAAGGGUAACUUGCUGAAGUUAGUACAACAUAGCAUGUGCCUUGGACUGCAACAUGCACUUGUACCUUUAUCAUUCAGAUUUCCUUAUCAGCUUUCAUGUGCAGCAUGGAAUAACCAAAAGUCUCACGGCUUAACCCAGAAAGUGAAUGAUACUGAUGAGUCUGCUAAGAAAUAUAUCCCCUAUGCUGUGGUUGAGAGUUCUUUUGUGAAGGGUCUGAACCCACUAGAAUGUUUUGUUCAUUCAGUGACUACUCGAGACACAUCUUUCAGUGACAAUGCUGACCUUCCUGGGACGCUUUCACGACGGUUGAUGUUCUUCAUGCGUGAUCUAUGCACAUCGUAUGAUGGAACUGUGAGGAAUGCAUAUGGAGACCAGGUUGUUCAGUUCUGUUAUAAUAUUGAUAAGGGUAUAUCUAGUCCAACUAGUUGUGCUGACAAAUUAGCAAGUCAGGGCAAGAGUCUUCCUGAUGGGAUAGGUGGCCAACCUGUUGGUUCAUUGUCUGCCUGUGCUAUUUCUGAGGCUGCAUAUAGCGCAUUGGACCAGCCAAUUAGUCUACUUGAAUCUUCACCAUUGCUGAACUUGAAGAGGGUUCUUGAGUGUGGUUCUAAACGAAGCAAUGCUGACCAGACUAUGUCACUAUUUUUAUCUGGUAAACUUGGAAGGAGAAAGCAUGGUCAGGAGUAUGGAGCCUUAGAAGUCAAGAAUCAUUUGGAGAGGUUGAUAUUUAAAGAUAUUGUGUCUACUUGCUCAAUAAUUUUCUCUCCACUGAUGUCUAGUGAAAACCGUUUUAGUCCUUGGGUUUGCCAUUUUCAUGUGUGCAAGGAUCUUGUGAAAAAGAGGAGGCUUACUGUGCAUUCUAUUAUUGAUUCUCUUCACAUGCACUGUUCCAAUGCCAGAAGAAUGUGGAAAAUCGAUUUGCCUGACUUGCAAGUUACAAACAAGGAUUGUUCUUUUAAUGACUUGCAAAAUAAAGAUGAUACAUUUUGUAUCACUGUCACAAUAGUUGAAUGCUCUAAAAGUUCUCGCAUAGAAUUGGACGUGAUUCGAGACAUGGUGAUACCUUCCCUUCUGGAAGCAGUGGUAAAAGGAUUUCCGGAGAUCAAGAAGGUGGAUAUUUUAUGGAACGAUGAACCGAGAGCCUCAAAUUCUCAUAAAACUGCUAAUGGUGAACUUUACUUGAGGGUUUCUGUAUCUGGUGCUUUUGGUAUAACAAAACUCUGGGGUGUGCUUAUGGAUGAUUGCCUCCAAUUGAUGGAUGUGAUUGAUUGGACACGAAGUCAUCCAGAUAACAUAAAUCAGUUUUGUUUGGCAUUUGGAAUAGAUGCUGGAUGGAGAUUUUUUCUCAAAAAUAUGAAGAGUGCAAUAUCAGAUACUGGCAAGACUAUACUAGACGAACAUUUGUACCUUGCCGCCAAUUGUCUGUCAGCUACUGGGGAGUUUGUUGGCUUGAAUUCAAAAGGCUUGAAACAACAAAGAGAACACGCAUUUGUCUCUUCCCCCUUCAUGCAAGCAUGCUUUUCGAAUCCUAGUGCUUGCUUUGUCAAAGCUGCUAAGGCCGAAGUUUUGGAUGAUCUUCAGGGGACCAUUGACACACUGGCUUGGGGAAAGGUCCCUCGUAUUGGGACUGGUGGACAUUUUGAUAUAGUAUAUUCUAUGAAGGAUCAAAAGCUUGAAGAACCAUUUGACGUGUAUAAGCUGCUGCGAGAAUCUGUGAAUUCCAAGAAGCAGGAUAUAGAGUUUCAAGUACCCAAAGCUUUUAACUCUAAGUCCGAGAAACAUAGUUCUCCGUUUGUGGGAGCUUUCUGUGGUUCUGCCUUUGAUGAGCUGAAGAAGAUUGAAACAAAAACAAGAUCAAUCUUGAGAGGACUUUUAACCUUGAAUGACGUCAUGAAGCUUUCGCGCGAGUUAAGGAAUAUUUUGCACAAGUAUCCUAUUGAUCACCGGGUAAGCGAGGCCGAGUGGGAUACCUUGAUGAUGGCAUUGUACUUUCACCCUCGAAGAGACGAGAAGAUUGGAUGUGGAGCUAAGGAAAUAAAGGUAGUAAACCAUCCCGAAUAUCCAAAUACUCGCUGCUUCUCAUUGGUAAGAACGGACGAGACGUUUGUAGACUUCUCGUAUAGGAAGUGUAUUGUUGGGGCUCUGGAGGUGAUUGCGCCUAAAAGGGCAAAAUCCUACAAGUCAAGAUGGUUACAAUCUGGUAGUUAGUAAACCAAACUCCAUGUGCAUGUAAAAGACAAAUGUGCAAGAGAAGAAGGGGGGUACUUUGAACAGAUUUUAAAAUCCUUUGGUUGAACUUUGAAUGUAAUUUUGCAGUCCUAAUAGAAUAGGGUAGGUGCUUUCCUCAGCUUCUUUUUGCUCCUUCUACUGGAACUUGUUUGUCUUUUAAAAUGGGGGGCAGAAAAGAUCCAGUGGAAGCAGCAACGAUAAGCUCUUAAAGUUCCACCCCAUUUCCUUUUGUAUUUUCCAUUAAUACAUGUGGUAG